UAUAGGUAGGAUGCACAAGGCGAAUAAACACAUGCUUAAUGAAGGCGGAGAAAGCAAACUGUCAUAGAUGGCAUUUAAAACUAAAUAUAAAGAGAAACGGCGGAUGAUAUCAGGCACGAUGCUACACUAUAGAAAGAGCAGUGACCAGGACGUCACAGAGUCCGCCAUCUCGGAUCGAAAUCCCGCCCUUUUCCCGCGAGAUUACUUGAAGCCUCUGCUGCCGCAGGAUUUCCCCCUGGCCGUGCGUCGAUCCCAGGUCCUGUGGGACGCGCAGAACGAGCUGCUCCAGCGCGCCACGGAGGCUACAAGGCGGAUGGAGGUGGCCAAAGCGAAGUUCUACGCAUGGCCCGAUACAGACGGUGACCGUAAACGGACGGCUGGACCUUGCCAACUGCUCAGGAACUACCGUAACUGGGAGAAGGUGACUGAUGAGGGCGCGCUUUUCUCUCAAAGGGAAACAACCCACUACAGGACUCGCAGAGUUCAUUUCAAUAAAGAAAUCAAAAUUAUCAGAAUUUAGGUUUGAGAAUAUGGACAUCGCACUCCUUACUCGAAUUCAAUUGCACGACUUCAUUCUUACAGUACAGCUAAAGCAAUCAAGGUAUUAUAUUUUUCCACAGGUAUGUUGUGCGUUAACCAUUGGGGGAUACUUGCAGAAAUUUGAGAGCUAGAGUGGGCUAAAAGGCAUUACUUAUGGAUACUGGUAACAUAUCCUGGCUAAGUGCAACUUUGACUUUUAACAGGACUCCGUCUAAAGUUACGCCUAGAUUAACUUGUCAUGUAACUUGUCACUGCCCUUUCUUAAAAGCGUUGAAAAAACCCACUUCCUCACAAGAACAAAAGAGACAAAACUCAGUUUUGUUUAACAGCUCAUUUCAUUAAUUUAAUUAACUACACAGGUUGAUAUAAAUAUUUUGUGUAUUUUGUAUUUAUACAGCGAAGUUACACUAUAUACAUAACCACGGUUAUUUGGUCAAUCAGAAGUUAGCUGGAGAGCGAGGCGGUGAAGUUACAUUCAUCAUAAAAAGAUUUUUACACUUAAAUGGAAAAAAUGCAAACAGCAUUUAAAAAUCUUUGAGAAUUAAAGACAGGGUAUACAAUCGAUUUUUUAACUUUCAA